AUGUUCGACAAGAUGGAGGUACCCGUAGAAAAUGGAAGCGAUUCAACCUCAAUUGAAAAAAGAGUACCGUCUGAAUUCCGACGUUUUUCAUUAGCGAGUAACAAAAGUAAUUUCAACGAUAGUUUUAUAUUCAACAGAUUAAAAAUUAGUGAAGUAAACGCGGACACCACGGCGCUGAUUUGCUUGCUACAGUCGGUGGGAUUCCGGCUGAAAAAAUUUAAUAAAGUUUCCAGUGUUAAUGAGCUGAAGAAAAGCAAUUCUAAUAAUGAGCUUGUGCGUGUUACAAUUGAGUGCGAAGCCUCGGGAAUGCGCGCGGAUCUGGAGUACAGAAACCCCCAGUGCACGUGUCCGAAGGAAGACACCAAAGCGUCCUUGUGGAACGUCAGCGGGAGCGGUAAAUUUCUUACUGGAAGUUCCUCGAGCAUCAACAACUUGGUCGCGGAUGAAAAGUUCAUCGAGUCGGGAAGUAAUUUGCUGCCUUCGCUAGACAAACAGACGGCUUCGCAGCUCGGAGAUUCGAUGGCCCAGUUGAUAUUCCGGGUUAACAAUCACGGAAAGCACGCUCGACAAGAUGGCGAGCUUGAGGAAGAUGGCGGCCAGGCUGCAGAGACAUCUUUCGGGCUUAAGAACAGAAGAUUUUCCCUGAACCCAAGUCUGGCGAAAAUUAUAAAAACUCAACCGUCGGAGGAGAAAACUACCCCAGUGCUAAUGAGACAGUCAACUUUCGAGUUCAAGGAUGCAAUUGGAGAGCCAAGGAAGUCGCCACCGAAGAUUUCGAGCUCACCGGUUACUGUUUGUUCUUCUUUGGGCCAGGUUUCUUUGCCAAGCGACGAAGAAGGUGCUGACAAUUUCAAGAUCAGUACUCUGCUUGGUAAAGCUAGUUUCUACUUGCAAAAGGCCCAAAAGUUGUACUCUGUCAAGUAUAUCAAUGAUGAGUGCUCGUCGAUUGAUUUCAGCAAUUCGGCGGGAGACGAUGUAUUUUUGAAGGCACGCAAUUUGUCACGAAGCUCAUCAAUAUCAAGUAGACGCUCAAGCCCAGUAACAGUUCGCAAGAAGAACCAAUCCGAUAGCAAGAGUCCUUCUGUUGCAAAAACUUUGAUGAAGCCGCAAUUCCGUCGCAGCCUUAGCACUUGUUCAACAGCUUCACAGCAGAGUUCAAAAUAUUCUUCCUUACGAAAGCCAACAUCGGUAUCGUCCGUCUUGACGGGAGUAUCUCCAAGAACGUUGAAUACCAUAAAACACCUCACAACUCCGAAGCUACCUCCAAGAGCAGUCAGCACAGGAACACCCUCGUCGACCCAGAAGCUAGCUCUGGAGUUCGCUAAAAGGAAGACGUUACUGGAAACUUCUACUUCUAGUAAGUUGGCCGCUCCAGGAACUAGAACUCUGCUCAGGCCACCGACAACUUCUGGAGCUAGAAUAGCUGUUCCUGUAAAAAGUAAAAUAUCUCGUCCUGCUAAUCUAUCAGCUUCUGCUUCAACUUCUACUGAGGCUAAUGAAGAGAAGAAAACACAUCUUCCUUCUUAUUCUCAAGGUCUGAGGAAAAAAAACUCGAUGAGUAUUAUUGAAAGGGAUUUAAUAAAUAGUAACCCUACUUCCGUCAAAGAUGAUGGCAAAAAGAGUUUUGGUUACUCAACAACUUUUGGGUUGAAGAAAUAA